UGCCCGUCCCCCUUAAACGGGACCAAUAACAAAAUUACAAGUUCACCAAAAAGAGCGCGUGAACCAUGUUAACAAAAGGGGCAAACUUACUCUGUAAGCUUAAAAUUCUAGGGUUUUGAUCGUGUUUAACAAACGGAUGCCGGAACGUUCACUCUGUUUCUGACGUAAUCGCCGGAUUUUUGCCACCGGAAAGAUUUUGGAGUUUCGUAAAUGGGCGUUCCUAAGCAAAGGUGGACGUCAGAAGAGGAGGCUGCUCUUAAAGCUGGAGUCGUCAAGCAUGGACCUGGCAAAUGGAGCACGAUUCUCAAAGACCCAGAGUUUGAAUCUGUCUUGCGAUUACGUUCCAAUGUGGACCUUAAGGACAAAUGGAGAAAUAUGCACUCCAUGCCUGGUGGAUGUGGAUCCCGUCAAAGGGCUAGACCUACAAGAUCAAAAGCACAGCCUGUUUUCACUGCUUUUAAAGAUGAAAAUGACAUGCAAAUUUGUCUUCCAGAUUCUUCUACAGAAUUAGCUGAAACAUUGCAAUAUGGUAGUUCUAAGAGGCCAAUGCCAAGGUUGGAUACUCUUAUACUGAAAGCCAUAGCUAAUCAAAAGGAGUCGCGUGGUUCGAGUCGCGCUGCAAUCAUUGAAUACAUAGAGGAGAAGCAUUCUGCACUUCCGAACCUUGAAAAAUCGUUGAAAGCAGAGUUAAAAACAUUGACAGAUAGUGGAAAACUAGUUAAGGUAAAGCAUCGAUACAAAAUAGCACAAACUUUGAAUUCAGAUGUAAAAAAGAAUCCGUCCCUAUUGGUUCAAGAAGUAAAGAACGAAUGCGGCCCGAUGAGCGCUCCGAAGAUUCUGACGAAAGCAGAAAUUGAUGCGGAGUUGGAGAAGAUGAGGGGCAUGACGCCACAGCAGGCGGCUGCCAUGGCGGUGAAGGCGGUUGCGGAGGCUGAAGCGGCUAUUGCGGCGGCUGAAAGGGCGGCAAAGGAAGCGGAGACUGCGGAAGCGGAUGCGAAUUUAGCUAAAGUGUUUGCUGCUGCCGCUGCAAUGCGUGCGGUCAAGCAAACCACCCUUUGCACAUGACUUUAGUGACGAUGAAAUGGGGUUCUUAACAAGAUGUGUGGUAGACUCGUGUUGAGAGAUGUGCAGGACUGUCAAUUGUAAAGGUUCCCACUCAUGAAAGUUUAAAAAUUGGUUCUCUUUUGAGGUAUAGAUUGGAGGGUAUAAGUAGAUACACACACGCUACUAGUCGUUUUUGGUGUUGGAACAAGUUUGUUGUUUUUGAGAUGGAAAUCGGUUGUGUUUGGGCUUGGUGAUAUA